GAAAUUUAUUUUCCUGUUUGAUUAGGUGUCUACAGUCCAUCAGUGGGACGGGGGAUUGUAUGUAUGUUGCUUGAUUGUUCUACCCUUGUUCCCACUCUCCCUACCCCCUUGUAUUCUGUGAACACUGGCACCUCUCAAGUACCGCAUCAGUUCAGACUGAUGUCGAUGGAACAGGACACCGGGGCACUGCCACGGCGCAGUGCCAGGAUCGCAGUUCGUGCCCGCCCUGCGGUACCUCCAAGACCCAAGAGAUUCAGCAGACGGACGACUCCAGCGGCAUCAAGUACGACAUUAUCAGUACAAGACACCACCGGAGAUCUUCCCGCAUGCCCGGUCCGAGAGGCCAGCGAGCCUUUGGCUAACUAUCGUGGGCGGCUACAGGCAUUUACAGAUGCCGUAGCCGUCGCCGAGGCUCAGCAGGCUGCGGCAGAGGCAGAACGUCAGCGGCUGGCCAAUGAGGCGGCAGCCGAAGCUCAGCGGACAGCUGAGACUGAUGAAGCGGCACGAAACAGACAGAAUGCCGCCAGCACGGAGUCCCUGAUUGCUAGUGAGCAUCAGUGGACAACGAUACUCCAAGGCAUGAUCUUUGUGCCUACGGAAACGCAGCCGGAGCCGACACAGGCGGAGGCAGAGAGAAGUAACCUGGCUACCGUGAUGUUCAACGCCAAGGCCUCAGCAGCGCCAGGCUGCACGACGGACGCGACGAAGCAAAUCAACGAACGCAUCGAUCACGUCGUCACCAUCAUCGGCGACGUAGGUGUUUUCAACGGACCGGACACUGUCAGCAGCACGGUGGCCGCCAUCAAGACGGACAUCACCAAGCUACAGACGAGACCGGACGCCGCUACAAAGACGUUCAAAAUGCCGCACUUCGACAUYUGCAAGUUCGACGACUACAACAAGUCGRACGCUUUGACAUGGUGGCAACGUUUCCUCACGGAAGCGUCAUGCCGCACUGUCCCAGCGAACGACAUGUUGAAGGCACUCUAUUUGCAACUGAUUGGAGGAGCGCARGCAUGGAUGAACCACCUGGCGGCCACCCACAARUGCACCAUCGCCRAACUCCACACGCACAUCACGUGGAAGGAGUUCGAGCAGCUAUGGUUCACCCGGUUCAUGGUCCGCAACGUCGUGAAGGCGGCCAUGAAUGAGGUGUACACAUGCUCUCAGGGGAACAUGCCAACUCGAGACUGGACAACGAAGUGGCAAAAGAUAGUGACCACACCAGGCUUCGACUUGACGUUUCCAAAUCAACGAUCCGAGUUCUUCUCGCGAUCAUGCGCGGGAUUGCGGUCGGCACUCGGUAAUGAGUACGACUAUACCACAUUCCAGGCCAUUCUGGAUCGAGCGAACUUGGUCAUCCAAACGGACGACAAGGCCGCUAAUGAGAGACAAUCCAAGCCGCAUUAUGUGGCUAAGCAGGCCUAUCAACGUCCGACACAUAACAAUGCCGUGAUUUGUGAGGAAACCGACGACCACCACGCUGCAGCAGCAUCCUCGGGUGAUGGAGGAAUUGUCGCAGCGCUCCCGCCGAAGCGUCCCAAGAGAGUUUGUAAGAACAAGGCGACACAAGAGACGGCAGCGACGGGAGCUGGGCAGCAGCCAUGGACGGCAUAUAAGAUCACCAAGGAGGUCUAUGACCUGCGUCAGAAGUACGGAUACUGCCUUUGGUGCAACGGAGUCACUCAUGUGACCGCACAAUGCCCCGAAAAGGGCAAGGCACGCUGUCACGAGGACGGUUGGCAUCCGGUUGAGUAUUUCUCCCAAAAGGUGCCUCUCGUCAACACUCUCGACGACGCUAGGAAGAAAGAGCUACUCGCGUUCGUCACCGUUCUCAAACGGUGGCGCCACCUUCUUCUCGGCCGGCGGCGUUUUAAAUGGAAUACGGACAACAAUCCGUUGACCUUUUACAAAACGCAAGACACGGUCAUUGUCACGAUCGGUCGAUGGAUGUAUUACGUCGACCAGUUCGAUUUUGACCCGUGCCACAUUCCCGGUCCUGCCAAUCGAGCUGCGGACGCCCUCUCACGACGGCUCGACUUUUGCGUCAUUGUGACCACGAAAUUUGACCUCGAUGACAAUCUGCAGCCGCAUUUCGUCAAAGGCUACAAGUCCGAUCCGACUUACUCUACACUGUACGAGGAGCUUUCAUCGGAUCMCCCGCCGGCGAGCCACUAUCGGAUUUCCGACGGGUUUCUUCUCCUUCACACGAGAGGAAAGGACUUGUUAGUUGUGCCCCAAGAUCGCAUCUUACGGACUCGUCUUCUCGACGAAUUCCACGAUGCACGACUUUCGACACACCUUGGCGUGAACCGCACACUAGCACGCCUCCGCCAGUGUUUUCACUGGCCCGACGUCCUUCACGACGUCACGAGGUACAUUGAGUCAUGUGCAGUUUGCCACCGUAACAACGGUCGAUCUCGAGUCGCCUUCGGCGAACUGAAACCGUUGCCGAUCCCUCGGGCACCACGCCUCUCCAUUGCUAUGGACGUGACAGGCCCGUUUCCCCACGAUCGCCACGACCAUGACGGUAUUCUCACAGUCGUUGACCGUUUGAGCAAGUAUGCUSGCUUCCUUCCUUGCAAGUAUCAUGCUGCAGCACCUGAGCUCGCACGACUCUUGCACACCGGUUGGAUUACCAACCAGGGUGUUCCAAAAGAUAUAGUGAGUGACCGAGAUACUCGCUUCAUGUCGGCCUUUUGGACUUCUCUGAUGACUGAGUCCGGCACGACAAUGAAGCCGAGCUCGGCUCGGCACCCGCAGACGGAUGGUCAGACGGAGCGAGCGCACCAGACCGCUCAGAUGAUGUUGCGUACGUUCAUCCGUCCCGACCAGAAAGAUUGGGUUGACCGGCUUCCCGACAUCGAGUUCGCCUACAACACUUCGGUGCACCCGGCGAUCUGCGCCACACCAUUCGAGCUACAUCAUGGUGGAGAGAAAGCACGGAUCUUCGCUGAUCUCCUUUUGCCACAGGCUGCCGACAUAGACGUCCCUUGUUCUCCCGCUUCCAUCCGGAAGUACCGGGACUUGCUGAUCAAAGCCCGCGCAAAUAUGCAAAAGGCUCAGAUCCGCAUGCAGCAGCAAGCUAACCGACUGUACUCUGUCGUAUCGCAUGGCUGAAGUCUUCUGCUGUGUUUCUCUCUUUCUGUGUGAUGUGAUACUGCCAUUCUCUCCCCUUCCUUGUGCAUGUAUGGGCAUACCUGCAAGUCUAUGUGAGUGAGUGUUGGUCUUCUGACAACAAGCAACCAGGUUCAUGACAACCACACCGGUCUCAAGAAGGGGUGGUGACUGAUGUCCUGACAGGCACAAGAACAGGAGUGGAACAUGGAGUGCCCGCUGGCCAUUGAAUCUGUUUGCUGUGUCCGUCAAUCAUAACUCGUAAUAGAAUCCAGUUGCUAUAUUCAUCAGCCUGCGUAUUAGUGAACAAACGUUUAUUAGCGAA